CACAGCUGCGUCCCACACCAGUCCUCCUCCCUACUUGUGGCUCCUUCAGGAGAAGCUGACAGCCACGCCUCUGUUAUAGUCACCUCGCACGUCAACAGUCGCAACAACAAGUGGGGAGGGUUUCUUUCCCAGCUACAGUCUCCAGCUACAAUGGAUGUGACCGACAAUGAAGACUACUCAGAUGGCGAUAGUGCUGGCGGUGAUGUGAGGAACCUGAGCAUGUCAGAGAGUCACUGUUCAGACUUCUCCGAUGCAGACAACACUGACUCCCAUGAUGUCAGUGACUCUCAGUCCACGCCCCUAGGAGGUGACCCGCUGGCCCAGCUCCUAGCCACACCUGAACACACAGCAGCUGAACAGGAUACCACUACCCCAAACAGAGAACAUGAGAUACCCACCCAUGAAGAUACAAAUGCAGGUGGUUUCUUCUCAGGUCAUGAACAUGCCCCAAGCAAUGAGCCAGAGGUUGACAUAGGGGAUAGUGGUGACAUCCUUCUUCCCAAGCCAGUGACCCCUCAGCCAGGAAUCAACAGAAAUGAUCGCAGAAAGGAGGGCAAGACUAAACGAGAGCAGGAAGAAGAGGAGCGAGAAAGGAUGCAGGUGUUGGUGUCUAACUUCACUGAGGAGCAGUUGGAUCGCUAUGAGAUGUUCCGACGGUCAGCAUUUCCCAAGGCUGCCAUCAAGAGGGUUAUGCAGACCAUCACUGGUUGCUCUGUGUCCCAGAAUGUUGUCAUUGCCAUGUCAGGCAUUGCCAAGGUGUUUGUCGGGGAAGUCGUGGAGGAGGCCCUGGAUGUGAUGGAGUCAGAGGGAGAGAGUUGUCCUGUGCAGCCCAAACACCUGCGGGAAGCCAUCAGGAGGCUGCGCAGACGCCCAGGCCAGCACAUCCCUACCAUGAAGCAGCAGCGGCCACUCUUCAGGAUAUGAUUGGCAUGAGUUGAUAUAAACAUAAAGAAUAUUUGGCAAAGAAGAAGGUCUCAAGGUUAGCUGUAUGCUCUGAAUCACAUUUUACAAGAUCUUAGGAGCUCAAGAGUAUUAUAGUAAUCUUUGGGUCAGGUAUGUAGUGCUGAGGUGUUACUUUAAUUUCUUGAGUAGCAAAGGGCUAGUCAAAGGACUAUAUAAUCAGUUGAGAGGGUUAUUUGUAUUUUGGUAAAGUUAUUUCCUAUUUUGUAUGUGUAUAUACUAGACCCUAGACUAGAUAGAGGAUUAGUUCAAGCAUAAGACCAUCCAAAUGCUAUAGCACAGUAGGUAUGAUGAGUAUUAGGCCAAUAUUAUGCAAGAUAUGGAUCCUUUGCUCAUAUUCAUACCUCUGGUUAAGGUAAAGAAUGUCAUGACUUGUGUUUGCUCCUUUGAGGGUUCAGUACUUGGCACACCUUAUUGAUAUGUACCUUGUGUUGUAUCAGUGUGUUGUGCAGGAUUUGUGUAACCAGAAGACUAGGUCAGUAACUGCAUCAAUACAAAUGUAUAAAAAUCAUGUUCAAUAUAAUUAUUAUUCUAGCAGAUAAGCUAUUUAUAUGUCCAUUUUCAAUAAAAUAUAAUGAUCUUU